AUGAUUGGUAAAAGUUUUAUUCUUGUUUUCGCCUUUGCGGCAAUUGUUUGUGCUGAUAGCCGUAUCAAUUUUAUUUAUUAUCAUGAUGGCACAACAACUGAAUAUUCUACAGAUACGCUUCCACAAGUCCUUUCUCAUCCAUCAUUCCGACGAACUGCUGAAACUGUUGCUUUUCAUUAUGGAGCUGGUCAGAAUCUUGGAUCUUCUGAGGUUUCAGAUAUUAUUAACUCUUACAUAAGCAACGCUCGAUACAAUCUUAUUGUCGUUCAUUACUUUAGCAUGGAAUCUAUUCACACUGAUAACGCAGUCGCUCUCAGUGACAGUCUCGCUACAGCCUUCACUCGUUUCUUUGAUACCGGCUAUAACUCAGGCUUUAUGAAUUUCGUUGCACAUGGACUUGGUGCACAAAUCAUGGCUCGAGCAUCUCGUUUGAUUCAAAGCCGCUCAAACUUUCGUCAUGUUAUUGGACGUUUGACUGGGUUAGAUCCAGCAAGUAUGGGACCAGUUGCUACAAUUCAAAUCGGAAGAUUAAGCUCAGCAGAUGCACAAUUUGUUGAAACUAUUCACACCGAUGGCACAUUGAAUGGAGAUCAUUUAUCAUUUGGACAUGUCUCGUUCUUCCCAAAUGGUGGAGAAAACCAACCAUUCUGCACAAAUCCAGUUCCACCAUUAAGAGCCAAUUGUAACUCUGUAUUUUCGCUUACAAUGUGGGCUGAGUCAGUCAGAGCAGUUUCACAAAUUUUCCCGUCUUUACAAUGUGACACAUGGCCACGAUAUACAGCUGGAGUUUGCAAUAACAAUCAUGUUGCACAUUUGGGACGAAUUACUGAUAAUAAUUUACGUGGAACCUACUUCUUGAGGACCAAUGAUGCUCCACCAUUUAACCGCGAAACUCCAUUCCCAUAA